CAAAAAUGGGCAGUUGAAAGCGUCGUUCGUCACUGAAUCAAAUAAACAUCAAUCAAUCUUUUUGGCUGAGUGACUAUUUUGGAUCUUUCUUUUCAUAAAACAAGCUUGAAUCAAGAAUUUAAAAAAAAAAAAAAAAAAAAAAAAAAAAAAAAAAAAAAAAUGGAUUCGGAAAACUAUGAAUUUAUUAGAGAAAUAGAAGUAGAGUAUGGAAAUGUAGAGUUGAAACUUGUUCAGCAUUCUGUUGGAGAUGUGGGAUGCGUUGUUUGGGAUGCCGGAAUUGUAAUGGGUAAAUACUUAGAUUACCAACAAAAGUUCGUAAAUUCUAUGAGUGGCAAAAUGGUUGUAGAUAUUGGCUCAGGGACUGGUGUCGCUGGUUUAUUUGCAGCUGCAUUAGGUGCUAAAGUUAUCCUGACUGAUUUACCUGAAAUUAUUCCUAUACUGGAGAAAAAUAUUCAGUCUAACUGUAAAGCUCUGAAAGGUUCAGUUUCAGCUGCUGUAUUAAAAUGGGGUGAGGUGGAUACAAAAUUUUUAGUUCCAGAUUUAAUCUUGGUUUCCGACUGUGUUUAUUAUGACAUGUCAGUUGAAAAACUUAUUCCAACGUUAGAAGAAUUGGCUGGCUCACAUACAGAAAUCCUGAUAUCUUAUGAAGACAGAGAGCUUGGUAACAAAAGAGAAUUAUUAAAAGGUUUUUUAAAUAAGUUAAGAUCUUCUUUUGAAAUUGACAUUAUUCCUCAAUCUGAACAGCAUCCUGAUUACCAAAGUCCAGAUAUACAUUUGCUCAAGUGUACGAAAAAAUAAAUAUUGAAAUAUUAAAUCAGGUAUAUUUUAACUUGUUCAAACUGUAUACAUAUGGAGUAAUGUUUAUUUUCAGUUUAACUCAUCUAUUGACAUUUUUUUAUUAUGUAUAUGUUUGAUAAUAAAAAUUGUCCAAUACAUU